GCACCUGGGGGAACACCUGGGGGCACACCUGGGCAAGGCGGCACACCUGGGGGAACACCUGGCAUGGGGGGCACACCUGGGGAACACCUGCGGGCACACCUGGGCAAGGCGGCACACCUGGGCAAGGCGGCACACCUGGGCUGGAGACUCUGGGGGCCACACCUGGAUCAGGGGGCACGCCUGGCAUGGGCGGCACACCUGGAUCAGGGGUUAUACCUGGGCAAGGGUGCACACCUGGAUCAGGGCACACACCUGGGUCAGGAGCCACACCUGGCACGGGUGGCGCACCUGGGCAGGAAGGUUUAGGGGGCUCCCACCUGGUGCUGGCGCCGGGGAUGGAGAAAUGCGGCCGUGCCGAAAAUGCCACCCGGGACCCCCAAAAUCCCACCUGGGACCCCCAAAAUCCCACCCGGGACCCCCAAAAUCCCACCUGGGACCCCCAAAAUCCUCCCCAAAAUCAUCCCCAAAAUCAUCCCCAGGAUUUCCAAAAUUGCUCCCAAAAUUCCACCUGGGAUCCCCAAAAUCCUUCCCAGGAUCCCCAAAAUUCCUCCUGGGACCCCCAAAAUCCCUCCUGGGAUCCCCAAAAUUCCCAAAAUCCCCCAAAUUCCUCCUGGGACCCCCAAAAUCCCCCCAAUCCGCCCCGGGGCCGGGUCAGUCACCUGCGGAGCCGCUUUGUCCCCGAGCCGGGGGGGGACGAGGGGCGUGGCGGGGUCACCGUGGGGUCACCCGGGGGUCAAGGGUCAGCCAGGGACAUAGGAACGGUCAAGGGGUGUGGGGCGGUCAGUGUGGGGUCACCUGAGGGUCAAGGGUCAGCCAGGGACAUAGGAACGGUCAAAGGUCAUGGAGUGACCGCUGGCCUGGGGACGGCGGAGGGACAGGGGACGGUCAAGGGGAUGGUCAAGAACUGGACAGUGGUGGAGGGCCGGAGAGGUCAGGGGUCAGUGGGGACACCGGGGACAGUGUCCGGCCACGAGGCCAAGCCUUCGAUGACCCCUUCGGUGGCCGCGCUGACCACUGCCCCUGUGACGUCACCGGUGUCACCAGAGGGGGGCGGUGUCCCUUUGUCCAGCGCUGUCCCCAAGCCCGGGGUCACCGCCCCGAUGUCCGGUGGCUCUGUCUCCGUGUCCGGUGCCACUCUCCAGGUGUCCGGUGCCACCACGCCAGUGUCCAGUGCCACCACGCCAGUGUCCAGUGCCGCUGUCCCCGUGUCCAGCAGCGUCCCCACGUGUGGCGCCACCACCCCAGUGUCCAGUGCCACCACCCCAGUGUCCGGUGCCACCGUCCAGGUGUCCACCCCCGUGCCCUCGGCCGUCCGGCCGGUGUCGCCGCGCCGUGACCCCCGGUGUCCCCCCCCGUGUCCCCACCCCGCCCUGCAGCGCCGCAGCGGCAACACCAUCACGGUGCGGCCGCGCCGCGCCACGGGUGACCCCGCGGGUGACCCCGCAGGUGGCACAGGUGUCCCCUCAGGUGUCCCCUCAGGUGUGCCCCCAGGUGUGCCCACAGGUGGCCCUGGGUGCGGCCCCGGGGGCGUGGCCGAGCCCCCCAAGAAGCGCUACCCCACGGCCGAGCAGAUCCAGGUGAUCGGGGGGUACCUGGCGCUGCCCCGCUCCUGCCUGGCCAAGGGAGAGCCCCGGCGCAAGAAGCUGCAGAUCUGGUUCAGCGAGCGCGACCUGGAGCGAACCUUCUGCUACCCCUCGGAGGGGGCGGCGCUGGCGGCCUGGGGGGGCCCCCCCGAGGACCCCGACCCCGGGACCCCCAACCCCGGGACCCCCGGCCCGGGACCCCCGAAAGCAGCCCCGGGCAAUGAGGAGGAGGAAGAGGAGGAGGAGGAAGAGGAGGAGCCCCCUCCCCCCACGCUGGGGGGGCUGCCGGGGGGGCUGAGGGGCCGCGCCCUGCUCGUGGACGAAUCCUGCCGUCGAUAACCCCGGCCCAGCCCCCCGGGACCCCCCAGGACCCCCCGGACGGGGCCGGACACUCGGACAGGGCCGGACACACAGACAGACCCCCCCCAAGCCCUUCUUGGGGGGGAUUCCAGAACAUUCCAUCCCCCCGGCAGGGUCUGGGGGGGUUUUUUUACCACAUUUUGUAGAUUUUUAGUACCGGCGUUUUUUUUAAUUAUCUGCAACAAGGUUUUUUUAUCCUAAUUAAGGGGUUUUAUACCUGGGGGGGGAAUUUUGUCAGUAUUCACUCCCAGUUUGGACUGGGCCUGGACCAGUUUGGACUGGAAGGGGCGGGGCCAAAGCCGUGGCAGUA